AUGAGAUCACUUGGCUCGUCUUGCAAUGGAUCCGAAAAUCCUGGACGUCGCAAGCCUCCGCAUGUUUAUAUCACGAAUCCUUGUUUUAAUCCUUCAAUUGAACAUGCCAAUAAUACGAAAGAUAUAGACAAUCCUGGUGUCCAGGUAUUUCUGCGCGUACGUGAUGACCAAAUUACAGCAACUUUCCCGCAGAACAUUGACAGAAAAAAUGCAGAUGAAGAAUGCUUCCCAUUGAUUACAGGUAUAGAUUAA